GUUUAUUUUAACGGCAGAGGUACGGUCAUACUGCCUAAUUGUCGAGUUCCAAUUCAUGUUUUAUUUUUUGCCGAGUAAAUUGUGAUAAUAAUCAGAGAGAAUGUGCGACUACAAGAUAUCGGAGCGGGCCUACACCAAGCUGGUGUUCCACGCGGCCAAGUAUCCACACCAGGCGGUCAACGGACUGUUGCUGGCCGAGAAGACCUCGAAGGGCUCCCUGGUGGAAAUCGUGGAUGCGAUUCCGCUUUUUCAUCAGUGCCUCCAUGUAACCCCCAUGGCGGAGGUGGCCCUCAUGCAGAUUGAUGCGUACGCCGAGCGCGAAGGACUGGUGAUCGGCGGCUACUACGCUGCGCCGGAGAACUUCUACGACAACCAGGUGGACAAGACCCCGGCCGCGAAGAUUGCGGACAAGAUUCAGGAGAACUUCAAGAACGCCUGCUUCGCGGUGGUGGACAACAAGCUGAUGACCCUGCAACACGACCGUGCCGCCAUUCAGGUGUACAACUGCCCCGGAGAAUCAGCAACCCGGUGGUCGAAGGCCAAAUUCACACUGUCGCAGGCGUCGCAAACGCUGGAGGGCGUAUCGCUGCUGCUGAAGCGUGGAGCCAUGCGCGAUCUGGUGGAUUUCGAUAACCAUCUGGACAACCCAGAGAACGACUGGACCAACGACUUCCUGAACCAAUCGUUAAACGAUCUGCAGAAACUGUACUAGUCCCCUGUUUUUAACGUACGUUUGUUUUAGUCUAGCAAAUUCGCAUUCGAGGGAACACUCCGGAAUUUCAACCUUGCAAUUUAAUUUAUUGUAAUUACAUUUGGAUUUCAGUAAUCUUUAGAAUAAUGCAUAUAAGUUAAAUAACAUUCAACUAAUUAAUAAAUAAUCAAUUCUUUCAUCAUG